AUGGAAACGAUAUUGAAACCGCAACGUCUCGACUUGGACCCAAAUUCGCCGUCAGCCGCGAAAGAGUGGAAACAUUGGCUCCGAACGUUCAACAAUUUCAUUCAAGAAUGCGGCGAUAAAGCCCCAAACAAACACCGUACUCUCAUCAAUUAUGUCUCUCACAACGUUUACGAUUACAUCGAAGAUUGUCAGGACUUCGACUCGUCUAUUGAAGCACUAAAUAAUCUGUAUAUCAAGCCUCCGAAUGAAAUAUUUGCACGUCAUCUACUUGCUACAAGGCGCCAAAAGCCUGGUGAGUCGCUUACAGAGUUCCUACAGGAACUUAAAAGGUUAAGCAAGGAUUGUAACGUCAGAAGUGUGACUGCAGAACAGUAUAGGGAGGAAUUAGUCCGUGACUCAUUUAUUAAUGGUCUUCUAUCACCACUAAUCCGCCAACGACUUCUGGAGAACAGGCAACUCGACUUGAAGACGGCGUUUGAUCAGGCCAACGCGUUAGACUUAGCCCAGAAAAACUCUGAAGCCUAUGCUCCAACCGAAAACUCGGCAGCUUCUAUUUCUACUGAAAGUGGUGGUGAGGAUCCUUUACCAAGUGAUAACCAUGUGUCAGCAGCAGUCAAACCCCAAAGAAAGUGUUAUUUCUGUGGCGGCCCUAUUCACAAUAGAAAGGAGUGCCCUGCACGCAGUUGUGUCUGCAACAAUUGUGGUAAAACUGGCCAUUACGCUAAAGUUUGCCAGUCUCAGGCUGUAAAAGGGACUAAGACUACAGCAUCAAUAAGAUCUGCCUCACUCUGCUCCAUAAGUGCCGCCUUUCCAAAGAGCCUUAUGCAAGCAUCCACCAAAGUCAGUGUCAACAGUACUGUUCUUACUGCCCUUGUUGAUUCUGGGAGUUCAGAUAGCUACAUCAACGACAAGGUAGCUAUCCAGCUCAAACUCAAAUUACUCAAGUCAGAUGACAGUUUGUCUAUGGCUCUCACAUCACUUAAAGCCAAAGUUCUUGGCCAUUGCUUUUUUGACAUCCAACUAGGCCACCAGGGUUAUUCAUCUGUACGUCUAGGGGUACUGAAGGAUCUCUGUAGUGAUAUCAUUCUUGGCCAGGACUUUCAAAGGAAACAUAAAAGUGUUGUCAUUGAGUUCGGUGGGGAAAAGCCCGAACUUAAAGUACCCAACGGGGUACCUGUAUGUGCUCUUGCAGCAGCAUCUAUUGAGGAACCAUCUCUCUUCGCGAACAUCCUCCCCGAAUGUAAGCCUAUCGCAAGCAAGUCGCGGAAAUUCAGCAGGGAGGACCAGGAAUUCAUCAAACAAGAAAUUAACAACCUACUCGUUGAAGGCAUAAUCGAACCUAGCACCUCGCCCUGGAGGGCUCAAGUCGUCGUAUCAAAGGACCCACUACAACGACACAAGAAGCGGCUUUGCAUUGAUUAUUCUCAAACCGUCAACCUCUACACGGAACUCGAUGCAUACCCGUUACCCCGUAUCGACAACAUGGUCAACAACCUAGCUUCAUAUAGAGUCUUCUCAACGUUCGACUUAAGGAGUGCCUAUCACCAGGUACCGAUCAAGAAAGCCGACCGAAAAUUUACCGGUUUCGAGGCCAAUGGUAAGCUUUACCAGUUCUGUCGCAUCCCCUUUGGAGUAAUCAACGGCGUCGCAGUUUUCCAAAGAGCGAUGGACAAGUUCGUAGAAGAGGAGGGCCUGAAAGAUACAUUUGCUUACCUCGAUAAUAUAACUGUUGCAGGCUACGAUCAGUUUGGGCAUGACGAAAAUGUGAGGAAAUUCAGAGAGGCUGUAAAGCGCCGAAACCUCACUCUGAAUGAAAACAAGACAGUAGAGUCCAAGUCUUCUAUCAAUCUACUUGGUUACUGUGUAGGGAAUGGUGUCAUCGCCCCAGACCAGGAAAGGCUUCGUCCACUUAAAAGCUUCCCUCCUACCGAAAAUUCCAAAUCCUUGAAAAGAGUUAUCGGUAUGUUUGCAUACUACGCAAAAUGGAUACCAAACUAUUAUGACAAAGUACAACCGCUACUACAAACAACCUCAUUUCCACUUGAUGGCGAUGCCCAGAAUGCAUUCACAAUGCUGAAGGAGGAGCUGCAGAAAGCGUCAUUACACUCUAUUGACGAGAGCCUCCCCUUCGUUGUAGAGACUGAUGCUUCAGAAACUGCCCUGUCUGCUACACUAAAUCAAGGAGGCAGACCUGUAGCGUUUAUGUCCAAGACCCUCCAAGGAAGUGAGCUCCACUAUCCUGCGGUAGAGAAGGAAGCAAUGGUCAUAAUUGAAGCUGUCAGGAAGUGGCAACAUUUUCUUGCAGGCAGACAUUUUACACUCAAAACCGAUCAGCAGUCAGUCGCCUUUAUGUUUGACAACCGAAGACGCACCAAAGUAAAGAACAAUAAAAUCCAGGACUUGAGGCUAGAACUAGCCUCUUUUAGCUACACCAUAAAAUACCGGCCCGGUAAGGAUAACGCUGCUCCCCAAUCUUUUACUCGGGCUUUCACAGCUUCCAUACCUGCAGCUAGCCUUACUGAGAUACACCCUGCUCUAUGCCACCCAGGUGUCACUCGAUUGUUACAUUUCAUAAGGUCGAAAAACCUCCCUUACUCUACAGAAGAAGUUAAGAGGGUGUGUUCUAGUUGUAGGGUCUGUGCUGAGCUCAAGCCCCAAUUUUACAAACAACAGCAAGGAGUCCUCAUCAAGGCUACCCGACCUAUGGAGCGACUCAGCGUGGACUUUAAAGGUCCACUACCUACGACUAGUAAUAAUCCCUAUAUGCUAACAGUCGUGGAUGAGUAUUCACGCUUCCCUUUUGCUUUGCCUGCCCAAACAUGA